AUGAAUGAGCAUCACAGAAGUGGUACUGUAUCAUGCGCACAAAUAUUGGCAAAAAUGCUUGCCAGGGUGCCCACCAUGCUUCGACCCAAAAUUCGGAAAGGGUUCCCUUAUCAUGCACAUUCUACUCGAGCUUUCGAGGAGUCAAGAUCUCAUUUGUGUGGGUCUGUCUCAUUGGUCUUAUUCCUUUCCAUUGACUUGUAUAAAAAGAAAAGGAAUACAUCAUGUGCAGUGCAGGAUAAACAGGACUUUAAUCUCCAAAAAGAUAAAGUGGCCAUGCCAGAGGUUGACGUGGCGCUGACAUGGGACAUGACAUAUCAUGUUACCAUGACACUUGCAGUUGCAGAUGAGAGACUUUGUAUGUGGAGUGGGGGCCAGGAGUGUAACCAUCCAUUUUAUGGUGUCUAUGAUAUAUUGGAGAUCAUGGCUGUGACUGUUUCAAUUUUGAAGUGGUUGGUAGGAGUAGGGCCUUGCCACUACCAGUUUGUGAUGAGGAAAAUCGCUGCUACAUUGUGCUGGUAUUCUUCUGAAUAUGGUGUGAACUUGCUGCAGUUCAUCUAG